AUGUUUCACAACUCUGGUCGUAUACGUAAGUUGCCGCCGAUGUUCAGAAGUUCAUUCAUCAUCACUCUGAUAAAUUAUAUCCUUACGAUUUGUGGAUUUGCUUCAUUAUGCCUGACAUGUUCAAUUUUUGAUUUCAUUGUGACCAAUGAGAUGUACUAUACGGUACCGGACAUGAAACUUCUUAUUCGCACGGAGAUGUCCGUAUGGUUCUACGCAACCUCAAUUCUUUGUGUGAUUCUCUCAUCGUCAACGAUUCUCACCAGGAAUGGAUCGAAAUUUGCUCAAAAUAUUGUCGGAUUUAGUCCACAAUUGUUUUCCUUUCUUCAUGGAGUGCUGCUAAGCGCUUCAAGCGUUCUUUGUGGAUUCUGCACGUUCCUUGCCAUGCAAACGUCGGAAGAAGUGGGGAAAUACGCCUUCAAUGCUGUGCCACGUCAUUUUCAGGACGCUUCCUAUUGGUAUUUUAUUCGGCUCCGAGCGUCAGCUACAUUGUUCACAAUCGAGGCGUUGCUACAACUUACCGUUCUCAGCGUUCUCUAUCUGGGGAUUCGUUGCCGUCACCAUUCGUUCAACCAAUUACCGCAGGAGAUUGGUGUCAUUGUUCACAAGAAUUUACUUGUUUAA